UGUAACCGUCUUCAAACCGUCGACGGGCUGCGUGCACUGAAGUCCUUGAGGAAACUCGACGUUUCGUUUAAUCAGAUUUCUUCCCUGAAUGGACUAAGAGAAAUGAGUGGCUCUACUUAUCGGCUUUCAGUGUUGCUUUUGCAUGGCAACCGGAUUAGGACCGUUGAUCACGUGAUACAGUGUUUGACUGGCUGCGUUGCUUUGAGGGAGUUGACGCUCGUACAGGACGGGAGAGACAACCCCGUGUGUAGAGUGAUAGGAUAUCGAAAGAAAGCCCUCUCGGGACUGAAGGGAUUGCAGUCCCUCGAUGGAGUGAAUCGGGAAGGGAAAACAGGAGUUAUGUAUGAUGACUUGGAUACAAUUCCGGGUCUUGACCAGUAUGUUGAGUAUCUUCUCUCAUCAAGUCCUGCCGAGGAUUCCAUUGAAUUCCACACUCCUCACAUCGACCAGGCACUUAAACAGUUCCACAAUCAAGUUGAAAAUUCGCCCACACCAAACAGACAAACUACAUCAGCAACAAGACAAAAAGUCAGUGAGACUGAUGACGAACAACCUCAAGGACAAUCUGAUACUGCAUUGUCAGCUCCUCGUUUAUCAAACGAUCAUGAAGACAGACUCAAGCAGUUAGAGGAGCAAUUGGCAGCUCUGGCACAUCAGCAUGCUGCAACGUUAGCAAAUCUUCACACACAGAGACAGCAUACUCGUCAAGCCAGUGCUGAUUCAGACUCGGAGAAAAGUGAUGUGGUUGAGGUAGUUCGGCAUGAUAGAGUUUCCUCUGGAAAGACAAGAUCUCCUCAGUCUCGUAAAAGUUUACCACAAGCAGUUAGAGUACGUUCUGCAAUGACUAGACUAAAACGGAGAUCAAAGGAACAUACAGCACAACGAAAAGGAACACAAGAGACAGAAAUUACAGAAUUGGUAUCUGAGUUGGAUGAAGAACGAGAACGAAGAUUGAAAGCAGAACAGGCUACUAAGAAACUGGUUGAUCUCGUGAAGAGUUUACAGCAGCGAGCAUCAGAAGAUCAGCAGCAUCAACAAUCAGCAAUAGCUCGUCUAUCACAAUUUAAACAGACACUUAUUCGUGAGAAGGAACAAAGUGCGGCUGCUCGACAAGAAUCUGAAAGAUUGCAGGAAGGCCUUGAUUCCUAUCGUGAACAAUGUGAGCAACAGCAAAAAGCACUAACAGACACUGAGAAGGCUGCAGCAAAAUUGGAGUCAGAACAUUUCCAACAACAAGCAGCAGCAGCCAAAGAAUUGGAUGAAACUAGGAGACGGUCGUCAGCCUUGUCUCGUGAACUGGAUUUGAAUCACCACACAAUAAAACAGUCAAAGAUUCGCAUUCAAGAGCUACAAGAACUGCUAGCCGCCAGAGAGCAGGAACACAGAAAUCAACUGGCAGCUCGAGUAAAUGUGAGUAAUCCAGAAGUACAAAAUGUUGUGCACCACGAGUUGAGGAAGGAAAGAGAGAAAUGGGAACUGCAAAUGCGUCACUAUGAAGAAAAAAUCGCUAGUCAACAACAAGCAUAUGCAGAUCUUGAGGAUGAAUUUCGUGCAGCAUUGCGAAUCGAAGAAAAUCGUUUUUGUAAGAUUCAAACAGCAUUUGAGAAAGCGGCUCACGAGUCUAGAGAGAACAGACGGUUGGGGCAAGUCGCAGCUGAACGAGAAAGCAAAGCUACUGCUCUGUUAUCAGAGCUAACGGCUCUUGUUAAAGAGCAGAAAGGUCGAAUCACAGAACUAACCAGAUCAAAGCAAGAAUCACUGGAUGAGUACAAAGAACGUUUGUCUGCUAGAGAAGUGGAACUUCACGAAGUUAGGAAAGAAAUGGUGCGUCUAGCAGCAGUGGAUGAGGAGAACUCAAAACUGAAAGCAGAGAUGACAGCUCAAAGGUCUGUCAUAGAAGGUCUGCGGCGAGAGAGGGAAUUGUGGAGUGCAGAGCUUGCUCAGCAGGGUGCUGCACUUGCUCAAGAUCGGGGAUCACUGGAAGCCAAAGUGAAGAGUCUAACGACUCAAGUGAGCGACUUGAGACUACAAACUCAGCGUGAUAAUGACACGAUUCGAAUCAAAUCAAAAAUGUUGGAUGACCAGACAGAGUCAAUACGAAAUCUAAAACAGCGUAUUACCGAGGCUGGAGAGAAAUUGGAACAGGUGAGAGAAGAAGCAGGUCAGGCACAGGAUGAGUUGGAGGAUCAGCUGGGGCAAAGUCAAGCGCAGAAUCAAGAUAUGGAAGAGCAGCUUGCUUCGUUGGUGGAUCGAAAGGAGGAAUUGAAAGAUCAGUUAGCACGUGCUAGAGACGAUCUGGAGAAGGAAAGAACCAAACAUUGCUCAAUGAAACAGCAGUGGGAAGAACGCCUAUCAUCAAUGGAUUUGUUAGAGCAGGAAAUGCAGAAGGUAAAAGAAACAUUUGCUGCCAAGGUGAAACAAUUGACAGAAGAGAAGCAUACUGUCGAAGAACAAGCCAGAUCUCUUGUAUCUAAACUUCGAUCAUGUGAUGAUGCGUUUCGUCAACAACUUGAGGCUAAAGAAAGGAGUCACAAUGAUGCUAUGGCACAGCUUCGGCAUGAUCAACAGGCAGAAAUUGACAUUGCAAAUAGAAGAGUGGUAGAAGUCGAGGAGGAGAUGCGUCAGCUAUUACAUGAGAUGGCUGCUGAAAAACGAGCAAUGGAGUCGAGAAUGCAGAAACUGGCUGUAGCUUUCAAUGAGGUUCGGGAUGGCAUAUCUGUUUGAGCCAUUAGGACAACAACAACAGCAACAACAACAA